GCUUAUAUUGAUUCUUGCUACUUCAACCACCUAAUCUCUAUUAUCAUAUUUCACGUGAUACAGACUUUCUUUUCUUCAUUCUGUGGUUAGCUCUUCCGUUCUCAAUCUCAUUUGCAUGUAAACAUGUUUCCUGUUCAUAUCAGGUCUGCUGCCUGCAUACAGUUGGGUUAUACUGAUUUUUCUAUACAGAUCUGAAUUAAUCGUGAAUCGGACUCAAAUGCUGUUUUGCAGGAAUAUAUUUUGUCUGGGUCCAUGACAGUUUCAGUUUUAAUUUUCUCAUAAUCAGUUGGUCUUCAUCUUUCUUACUAUACCAAACAAACAACAAGAUGGCGUCGAUAUCAAGAGGAGAGCAAAGUGAAGAUUCAGAUAGGCUCCCACUCAUUAGUCACGAGCAACACAGAGAUACACAACAGUAUGGCACAAUCACUGGAUCCACUGGCUCCACUACAGAGCUUAGAUUUAUUAUGCUCAGCGGUGAUGAAGAUCUUAUGGAUGAUGCAUGUGACAUCAUUCUUAGGGAAAGAGCAGGAAGACCUAAAAUAACGCACAGAAAAGGCCAUGUCUUUGGCAAAAAGGUCACUGUGGUGAAAACACCUCCUACCUGGAUGAGUCAUGUGGCAACACGCUGUCCCUUCUCCUCCAGAGUCGAAUCUAUCAAAGAUGAGAUGGAAGAUUGUGCAUCUCUGGUCUUUCCUGGACCUCAUGCAUUUCUAUUAGUUACUGACCACAGGAAAGUGACUGGGAAGGAAAAAUACCUUUUAAAAGCAAUCGCUAAAGUAUUUGGCAAAGAAGCCUUAGACUAUGUUAUGUUACUGAUUAUUGGAAGAACUGAACUGGAAGGGAUCGACAGUGAAAGGGAAUACAUGAGAAAGUUUUAUACGUUAGAGAACUCUGAGCAAAGUGUUCAAAGUCUGUUCAGAGAAACUGAAAUAAUGACACAAAACAAUGAGUCCACUUUCUUUAUCCAGCCAUCAUAUGAAAACCUCAUGAAAAAGGCAUUUUUAUCUUGGGAAAAGGAAAGAGAUGCUGAAAUACAAAAACAGCAUGAACAAGAGAUGACUGAUUUAAAAGAAAGAUUCAGACUUACUGAAAGUAAUUUAAAGAAAGAAAUGGACACAUUGAGAGAAUUAAUGCUGGCAACUAUGAUACGGUUACAGAAAUACAAAGACAACCAGCAAGGAGCUUCAGGAGCUCAAGAAGAUCUGCAGUUCAAUUAAUGUAGUGACACUACCUUAAAAAACAUUUUCAUCCAUCAUUGAUGAUUUUACUGAACGUGAGAAUGCACUGAAAUAACAGCUUGCGGAUUGUAAAGAGAAAGUGAGCACCUUGCGGGACUUGUAUUCAUCCUUGACUGAUGAUUA